CAUGGACACACUAAAAAGAGAGAGAGGACAAGCAACAAGAAGCACAAGUUGAGAAUUUUAUUGCUGGCAGUGGAGGAGAGAAGCCCUUGUGUUAUCCCUUCAUCUACUUUGCAAAUUGUGUACCUUUUCUUUUCUCUUUUUAUAUAAACUUCAAUUCUUCUAUUUUCUUACAUGAACUGAGAUAGCAAGAACUGAAUACACUUGCAUUCUCUGCUUCUUGGUCUUCAAUGGCUAGCUGGGUUUUAUCAGAAUGUGGCCUAAGACCCCUUCCUAGAAUCUAUCCUCAAAGCAGAACCGGCUUAACAUCAAAAAGUACAAACCUUUUAAAGCUUAGACAGUCACCAGACUCCAAAAGUUGCAAUCUUGGUUCUCCUUUCAAGGUCUCAAGUUGUUCUAGACAAAGAAACUGGGCGUUAAAUGUUGCUGUUCCGGUUAGUGUUCCAGUAUGUGAAGAGGAAGACAAAGAAAGAGAAAGCGUUAAUGGUGCUAAUGAACAGGAAGGUGGAUUUUUUGACCCUGGUGCACCACCACCUUUCAAAUUAUCUGAUAUAAGAGCUGCUAUACCAAAGCAUUGUUGGGUUAAAAAUCCAUGGAUAUCAAUGAGCUAUGUUGUGAGAGAUGUUGCUGUGGUUUUUGGAUUGGCUGCUAUUGCUGCUUACUUCAACAAUUGGGUUGUUUGGCCACUUUACUGGUUUGCUCAGGGGACCAUGUUCUGGGCCCUCUUUGUUCUUGGCCAUGAUUGUGGUCAUGGGAGCUUCUCAAAUAAUCCAAAGCUUAAUAGUGUAGUGGGUCAUCUCCUUCAUUCUUCAAUCCUUGUCCCUUAUCAUGGAUGGAGAAUUAGCCACAGAACCCACCAUCAAAACCAUGGACAUGUUGAGAAUGAUGAAUCUUGGCAUCCAUUGCCUGAGAAAAUUUACAGGAGUUUGGAUAAUGUCACAAGAAAAUUGAGAUUCACUUUGCCUUUCCCUAUGCUUGCCUACCCUGUCUAUCUGUGGAGUAGAAGUCCAGGAAAGAAGGGCUCUCAUUUCCAUCCAGACAGUGAUUUGUUUGUCCCAAAUGAGAGGAAAGAUGUCAUUACCUCAACCGCCUGUUGGACUGCAAUGGCAGCAUUGCUUGUUAGUUUAUCCUUUGUAAUGGGUCCUUUCCAAGUGCUUAAACUCUAUGGUAUUCCCUACUGGAUUUUUGUUAUGUGGUUGGACCUGGUCACUUAUUUGCAUCACCAUGGUCAUGAUGAGAAACUUCCUUGGUAUCGAGGAAAGGAAUGGAGCUAUCUGAGGGGAGGCCUUACAACACUUGACCGUGACUAUGGAUGGAUCAACAACAUCCACCAUGAUAUUGGGACCCAUGUGAUUCACCACCUCUUCCCUCAAAUCCCACACUACCACUUAGUUGAAGCAACAGAAGCAGCUAAGCCUGUACUCGGGAAGUAUUACCGCGAACCAAGGAAAUCUGAGCCUCUUCCAUUUUACUUGUUGGGAACACUUGUAAGAAGCAUGAAACAAGAUCACUAUGUUAGUAAUACUGGAGAUGUUUUAUAUUAUCAAACAGACCCCGAGCUCUGUGGACCAGAGAAAACAGAGUGAAGAAACCAAAGCUUCUGGGCAUCGCAAGAGAAGCCUACCAAGCCAGGAUUCUAUAAUAUCAAGUCAUUUAACUUCUGACAAUUAGGCAGCAUUGUCCUCAGCCAUUGGGACAUCCAUUCAUUCUGCCACGCGUUUUUUUCUUUUCUUCUCUUUCUUAUUUGAUAAGAGGUGUCGCAGAUGGUAAAUCUCAGCCACUGCAACAUGGAUACAAGAAGUUUACUAUAUUUGUUACGUCAUUGUAAUAGAAAAUCGACAUCUUCGGCUUC